AUGCAGACGUCGCGCUACAGCUACAACGACCCGCGAACGACCGACAUGGUCAUCCUCGAGGAGAGCGAUGCAAAGGACACGAACGCCUUCAUCGACGAGUUCGAGCGCCGCAAGCGAAACCGCAUCUUUGCGAUCCUCGGCGCCGGCGUCAUGGUCGUCGGCAUCGCUGUCGCUGUCGUCGUGCUCGCCGGAGGCAGCGACUCGAGUAGUAGCCAGAGCUCGGCCAACACACCGACGAAGGCGCCCAACAGCAACGGCACUGUGAGCGGCAACGGCGGCAACUCCGAGAGCGUGCUCGAGCGGCGACACGACGUCGACAGCCCCGACAACCGGGCCUUUCACAACGGUGCCUGUCGAUGGCAAUGCCACGCCGAGCCCCGCAAUGACAACAACUCAGACCGGUUCGACUGGAGAACCGACGACUGCCCCGGGUCCGCAACCAAGCGGAAAGCCAAGCUCCGCUCCGGGUCCCCAGCCCCCGUCAUCAGCGCCGUCGCCGAAUUCGACACCGUCAUCUCAACCCAAGCCCCGAGUCCCCAGCCUCAGCCGAGCCCAAAGCCCAGUCCGCAGCCCCAACCGUCUCCGUCGCCGUCGCCCGCUCCGCAACCCGGUCCCUCCAACGGCGACCUCAAGGCCCAGAUCAUCCACCAGACCACCGUCCUCCGCGCCGCCCACGGCCUCGGCCCCGUCACCUGGAACGACGAGCUCGCCGCCAAAAUGCAAGCCUGGGCCGACUCCAACCCGCAGAAAAACGGCGGCGGCCACGGCGGUCCGCCCGGCAACCAGAACCUCGCCGGCUUUGUCGUCUGCAACAACGACUGCAUGCACACAGAGGGCCCGGCGUGGAACUGGUACUCGAGCGAAGAAAAGCUGUGGGACUACAACUCCAACCAGAGCAAGGACGGCAACUGGAUGACGACGGGUCAUUUCUCCAACUCGAUGGACCCGGGUGUCAACCAGGUCGCGUGCGGCUACUCGACGUACUACAACCCGAACAUUGGCAAGGACGACUCGCUGGUGUGGUGCAACUACCUCGGUGGCACCAACGGCAAGAUCCCACGGCCGUCGGUGGACCAGGCGACGCUGCUCAAGCAGAUCGUAGCCUAA